AUGGCAACCCCGAUUCAGCAGCUUGCUCAGCCCAAACCCAACCGACUCAGAUAUCCGGACCGUCGAUCUGUUUACUGGCUGGAUGAGCUGCCACCAAAGACGACCUCACCCACCACCAAAAUCGUAUCGUCUCCAUCAUCCAGACUCUCUCCUGAAUGGGAUGUGAGCGAAUGGGCCCUCAGGGCUGUUCCAUCUGAACGCCUGUGCAGUCUGGCUAAGCCGCGUCAAACUGCCGUUGGCUGGCAGCCCGACCGCUCAUUGCUGUUCCCAUUGAGCAGAGCAACGCAAAAAGCAGUUGCAACUUCACGGAUUUGCCAGCUUGCUCAGCCAAAGAGAAAGCAGGUUACGGGGGGCUCUGGCCAUAAACCCAGACCUGUGCCCAUGACCCACAUGCCCUGCAGAGCAUCAGCACACAUAGAGCUGCUUGCCACCCCAAAGCAUGAACACCCCAAGUUCGAAGGAGAGCGUUCGGUAUGUUGGCCCAUCUCCAGAGCAUCCAGAAACUACAUUGCCAGCCAGAGACUUCUGGAGCUGUCCAGCCCGAAAGAGAGGAAGGCGCUGUUUGAGGGAUACAACCCAUACAUCGUUAGCCGGGCAGCCCGCUCUGCCAGCCCCUCGCCUCGGAUACAGCAGCUGUGUCUGCCGCUGCCCCGCAAAUGUUGCUCAAAGUAG